CGGUUAGCGACAGGCCCUUGUUGGUAGAUCAGACGACAAGGCUCCGGAGGCUUCCCCUCCUCUGUUCCCGUCUCGCGCGGAGCACAACGCCCGCCCUCCACCAACUUCAGCUCCAGAUCCGGCGGCCGGCCGCGCCCUCCUCCCGCACCAACCAACGGCGCUGAUCCCCUCCGCCAUCUCCGUCCAUCUCCCUCCUAAUUAGGCGCAGGCCUAGCGAUGUCGGAGGCGGUGGGCACGCCGGAGAGCAGCGGGGCGAAGGAGCAGGAGCGGUUCCUGCCGAUCGCCAACAUCGGGCGCAUCAUGCGGCGCGGCGUGCCGGAGAACGGCAAGAUCGCCAAGGACGCUAAGGAGUCCAUCCAGGAGUGCGUCUCCGAGUUCAUCAGCUUCAUCACCAGCGAGGCGAGCGACAAGUGCAUGAAGGAGAAGCGCAAGACCAUCAACGGCGACGACCUGAUCUGGUCCAUGGGCACGCUCGGCUUCGAGGACUACGUCGAGCCCCUCAAGCUCUAUCUCAAGCUCUACCGGGAGAUGGAGGGUGACACGUCAAAGGGUUCGAAAUCUGAGCAGGCUGCAAAGAAAGUGGGUGCACUGAAUGGGCAGCCUGGAUCAUCGUUCAACGGCAUGUAGGGUGGAGGAUGAUACUGAUCGGCGUAUGACAAACAUACACAUACAAUUCGUUGGCAGUGUGAUCCUAGCAGUACUGCGCCUUUGUGGCCGGGGAAAGUCCCCAGCACUCUGCUUAGUUCUGUGCAUGCGGGAUACUUGAAAUACCAUGCUAUGUCUUCUGUAGAUGUUAGCUGUUCUUUCCCUCUCUCUAGUUCAGUCCGUGUGUUGUAUGGGUCUGUCUAACCUUAUGGUAAAUUCAGAGAUACGCCUUUUCCGCGUCAACUUUUAGGGGUUAGUGACUGUAAUAAGAUGAUGAACAGGUUUGAAAAACCGCAGUCUUUCGCUCGUGUAAGGUAUUGACUGAAGAAGAUAAUGCAGCUGCUGAUGUAUGCUUUUGACCA